ACUAUCCAUAUUUCUCUGUAGAAAUGGAGAAAGGCGACACCUCCUCGACGGCGGAAGAAGACAAACCACCGCCACCGCUACCGCCCCAAACCAUCACCACCACAACCACCCACCACCUGUCGGCCCCACCAGGUUUGACCGAGGAUGAGUUCAGCGAAUUGAAACCUCAUGUGAUCGACUUCCACACCUACCAUCUCACAUCAUCCCAAUGUUCUUCCCUACUCGCCCAACACAUCCACGCGCCGCUCGCCGUCGUCUGGUCAGUCGUCCGUCGUUUCGACAAGCCGCAGACGUACAAACACUUCAUCAAGAGCUGUACCGUCACCGAAGGCUUCACAAUGGCGGUGGGGUGCACGCGUGACGUCAACGUCAUAUCAGGGUUGCCGGCGGCAACCAGCACAGAGCGGUUAGACUUGUUGGAUGAUCAGAAUCACGUGAUGGGGUUUACGAUCAUCGGCGGUGAACACCGGUUGAGGAAUUACCACGCCGUGACAACGGUACAUGAGAUUACAACGGCUGAGAACGCACGGCCGAUGACGGUGGUGUUGGAAUCUUACGUUGUGGAUGUGCCGGAAGGGAACACGGAGGAGGACACAAGGCUAUUUGCCGACACGGUGGUGAAGUUAAAUCUGCAAAAACUGGCGUCUGUCACCGAAGCCAUGGCACAUGACGCCGAUGCCACCGUCAAGAUUCUCAGGUCUGGCCCCUCAUCUUAUGAUUGUUUCAAAUUAUGCAAAACUAAACCGCUCGAGCUUUACGGUUUUGCGAUUGAUUUCAUUGGCUUCGUCGAGUUGGUCGAUGGAUCACCUAACGGUUGAUUUUAAUGAAUGUUGCGC